GAAUUCGGCUACGAUUAAUGAGCCUGAUCGGCUUUUGGGACAUGCAUUGGCUGCCCAGAUGGAUAGGGUCAUUUCUCGUAUGAUUGAGAGCUCCAGCCUUAGAGCCAAACACCCUGGGGCUGUUUCUGGUUUGUCGUUCUCCCAUGUCCAGCACCCCAACAAUGGACUCGAUUAUCUUUCGACGGGUGUUCCAAAAGGCCUUCCACUUCAUAUGACCGUAUCAAAUACAAGAGGAAACCAUGCACGGAAUUCGGAACCGCUUGAAGAGAGCGAGAUAGAGACUCCGCAUUAUUUGGUGGAAAAGGAGCUGGAUCAUCCUUUCCUCGCAGACAGGAUCCUGCCAGUACUGGGAACCAACGAUAGCAACGAAUCUGAAGGCUCCGUCUCGGAAAGUGAAUCCUCUACUAUAUCAGAAAGGGGCAUGCAAGCGUUGUCAGCUCGAUCUCGGCUCUAUUUCCACCAGAAGCAAAAGGCUCUAGAGCUUCGAGCGAACGGCAGGUCCAUGGCUGGAAUCUUUGAGCAUCUCGUCGCUGAUAGUGAUGAGACAGGCUUGGAAUUCUGCCAGAAUAUGUGGAAGUUAUGUUCCUUCUUCGAAAAGGCACAUCUUCUAAAAGAGGCUUUGAUUGGAUUGGAACUCGUUCAAGCAGGCUAUGACAUAGAGUUCGGAGCUGCCAGUAAAGAGACUAUGAGAUGUUUUGUUCGUAAAGCACGAAUUUUGAGGAGGAUGAAAGAAUACCGGGAUUCGGAGGCCCUCUAUCGACAAGCCAUCGCAGGAUUCAAGGCCCUACGCCAAAGAUUGUCUCAGAUUAAAUGCCAAUUGAUACUUGGCAAUUUCCUCAGGGUCCUAGGGCGGGAUUCCGAAGCCCUUCACUUCCUCCUUGAGGCAAUAAUCGAGAAUUUCGUCCUGGCCAAAACAACCGAGGAGAGUAGAAAAGUCGUAGAACUUUUGGAUUCUGUCCAAAGAUUACACCACAAGAUGGAACUUGGGCCAGAUUUCGCUGACAAUAUCUUUCAGCUACAGAUUAUUCAGCAACAAUGGGUCGAAGCGCCGCAUCACCUCAAGCUUUGGACCGAAUUUGUGGGGAUUGGGGCCCAUUAUUCGAAACUCAAGAAAUUUGAACUCGCGGACUUGUGCUUUACAAUUCCAGCACCAAUCAGGUCCCCUAAUAACCCAGCGACUAGGAUCCAACUGUUGAAAUGUUGCCGGGAGCUUUCUAUGCAUUACAAACGACAAGGAAAGCUGAUCCAAAGCAUAGAGCAGUUAGAGAACGCUUUACAACACUUCUCUGCGCUUAUCCAUCAAAAGUCUUUCGAGAGAACUGAUUUCCAGAGGACAUUAGUCAUGACAGAAGCACUCGAGCAAGAGCUGUUUGCUGCUUUAGGUGAACUAUUGGUCGUGACAAAACCUUCUGAGAUGCAACCGGUUGUUCAAGAAUCGGACAAGGUCCCUCUGUUGGCAAUGUGGAUGAGGGCCGAGGCUGCUUGGUCAAAACUUGAUGCCCAUCGCCGCCUUUUUCAGCACAAACCGUUAAGGAAUAGCCAUAUAGAUAAUCUGCGAGAUCGCGAGACGAUGGAGCGAAACGAUACAGCAAGCAUUUCGAGCCAUGGAUCAUCGAUGUUUUCUGGCGGCAGUACUAGCUCCAGAAUCGGCAUUACAUAUUCUGUAGGCUCCGCUUCCUCCAUAGUCAGCAACUCAGCAUUCAUGGUCCCUUCGUAAGUUGUACUCGGUGUUAUUGGCAGAGGGCUGGUGGGAGGAGCUAAGGAACGGCGGAGAUCAAUGCAUGUCUGAACUGUAUGUUAUGUUGGGUUUUAUUGGAUAGUGAAUGUACGCAGUCAUGAAAUCUGUCUACCCUUCAGCACUGCUCAACUCUUCCUUCUUUCUUGCCCUUUGGAGCAAAAUACUUCUGCGUUCCCU